AUGGUGGGGAAUAACAACGACAUGUUAGAGAGCGAGAUCGCGGCGGCGAAGCAAAAGAAGGUCGACGAUUGGUUACCGGUCACAUCCUCAAGAAACGCCAAGUGGUGGUACUCUGCUUUCCACAAUGUCACCGCCAUGGUCGGCGCCGGUGUCCUCAGCUUGCCCUACGCCAUGUCCAAUCUCGGAUGGGGACCUGGAGUGACAAUAAUGGUUAUGUCAUGGGUGAUAACACUAUACACACUGUGGCAAAUGGUGGAGAUGCACGAGAUCGUCCCCGGAAAAAGGUUUGACAGAUAUCACGAGCUAGGGCAACACGCUUUUGGAGAUAAGCUUGGCCUCUGGAUCGUCGUACCUCAACAGCUCAUCGUGGAGGUCGGCGUCGACAUCGUUUAUAUGGUCACCGGAGGCAAAUCUCUGCAGAAAGUCCAUCAGCUUCUCUGCGGAUCCGAUUGCAAAGACAUCAGAACUACGUAUUGGAUCAUGAUCUUUGCUUCUAUCCACUUUGUUAUCUCUCAUCUACCGAAUUUCAACUCCAUCUCCAUCAUCUCACUCGCGGCUGCCGUUAUGUCCUUAACUUACUCAACUAUUGCAUGGGGUGCAUCGGUGCACAAAGGUGUGCAUCAAGAUGUAGAGUAUUCGUCUAGAGCCUCGACAAGUGCGGGAAAAGUAUUCAACUUCUUGAACGCGCUGGGAGAUGUGGCUUUUGCUUACGCAGGUCACAACGUCGUGUUGGAGAUUCAGGCCACGAUCCCUUCGACGCCGGAGAUUCCAUCCAAGGUUCCCAUGUGGAGAGGAGUCGUUGUAGCGUACAUAGUAGUCGCCAUUUGCUACUUCCCUGUAGCGUUUCUUGGAUAUUGGAUCUUUGGGAACAGCGUCGACGACAACAUUCUCAUCACUUUGGAGAAACCUGUCUGGCUUAUCGCUAUGGCUAACUUGUUUGUGGUUGUCCAUGUCAUUGGAAGCUAUCAGAUAUUUGCAAUGCCGGUGUUUGACAUGCUCGAGACAUUUUUGGUCAAGAAGAUGAAAUUUGAUCCUUCCUUCAAACUCCGUUUCAUCACUCGCAGCCUUUAUGUCGCUUUCACGAUGAUUAUUGCGAUAUGUGUCCCGUUUUUCGGUGGACUACUUGGCUUCUUUGGAGGAUUCGCCUUCGCCCCAACAACUUACUACCUUCCAUGCAUUAUUUGGCUCAUUCUCAAGAAACCAAAGAGGUUUGGUCUAUCUUGGACAAUAAACUGGUUCUGCAUUGUAAUUGGAGUUCUUUUGACGAUCCUAGCUCCAAUUGGUGGCCUCAGAACCAUCAUUGUCAGCGCCAAGACCUACAAGUUCUUCUCUUAG